ACCAUCAAGCAGGACGACCACUCCGGAGCCAUCAUCGUCACCCGCAUCAUGCAUGGCUGACUGCUCCGGCCUCAUCCAUGCUGCCGACGAGGUGCAGGGGUCAACACCUUCAAUGUGGAGGGCAAGACACCGGCGGAUGUCCACAAGAUGCUGGUGCAGGCGGAGGGCACCAUGACCUUCAGGCUGCUCCCGGCCAGCAGCUCGGUGCACCUCAGGGAGAGCAAGGUGAGGGUGCACGCCUACUUCCACUAUGACCCCAAGGAGGACAACAAGCACAUUCCCUGCAAGGAAGCCGGGCUGCCCUUCAACAAGCUGGACAUCCUGCACAUUGUGACCCAGGAUGACCCCUACUGGUGACGGCUUGGUGACGCAGGGCAUGGAGGACACAGCGCUGCAGUGGCUCAGCGAACGCCUCGGCCACCCAGACAACUUCACUUCUGUGAUAUUCCUGCCCAGACCAAGGCCUGGAGCACCGCUUCACGAGGAAGUAAAUCUUCAUUACCGACGAGACGAGCGGCGAGGCGGCACCGCGGCUCCAGGCGGGGCGGCGGCUCCUCCGACACCCGCGUCAUGCCCUUCAGCUUCCAGCAGGUGUGGCCAGGUGUUGCAACCCUCCAAUAAGCACCUGUACCAAUCUGGAUAGAGAUGUGUAGUUCACAGUGUAAGGACAAUCCAGUUGUCAGUCGAACAUCUGGCACUGUUGCCCAAAAGAGCUGACAAACACCGA